ACACGUUAUCAACAUUUUUCUGUUGACCUACCAAAUUGGCAGUUCUUGCAUUUACGUCGUUUUUAUGGCAACCAAUCUCAGAGCACUAAUCGUUGCAUUCGGGUUGAACAUCGAUGUGAGACUUGUCAUGGUAAUCAUUCUACUGCCGUUGAUUCUAAUUAACUGGGUUCGAAAACUUAAGUAUUUGGCACCGUUUGCAACAAUCGGUAAUAUUAUCACGAUUGGAUCAUUCGGUGUCAUCUUUUAUUACGUAUUCCGCGAACCGUUGACUUUCGAAGGCAAACGACCGUAUGCAACUCUUUCGGAAUUCCCCAUGUUCUUUGAUACGGUUCUCUUCGCAUUGGAAGCGAUUGGUGUCAUCAUGCCUUUGGAAAAUGAAAUGAAGAAUCCAAAAGAUUUUCGCGGAGUAACUGGAAUCUUGAAUCGUGCCAUGUUUGUGAUUGUCUCUUUGUAUAUUGGACUUGGUUUUGUUGGCUACAUCAGAUAUGGAGCCGACAUAGAAUCUACUAUAACCAUCAAUUUACCUAACGAAAUGCUAGCUCAAGUGGCGAAAGCAAUGAUUGCGCUGGGUGUGUUUACUACACAUGCUAUCGCUUGUUUCGUGGCGGUUGAUAUCGCUUGGACUGAGUACAUUUAUAAACGGAUUGAAAAGAGCGAACGAAAACUAUUGUGGGAAUAUGCAUUGCGUACUGGAGUUGUAUUCAUCACAUUUAUCUUGGCAGUCGCGAUUCCAAAUUUGGGGCUGUUCAUUUCGUUGAUGGGUGCCUUGGCACUAUCGACAUUAGGCAUCCUAUUUCCCGCCUUUUUGGAAACUAUAUACAAAUGGAAUAGAACUUCAGGUUAUACAAAAGCGAUCAUUAUUUUCAGAAAUAUACUCAUUUGUAUGAUUGGCUUGGCUGGAUUUGUGAUUGGUACCUUGCUCAGCCUUAAGGAAAUCAUUAAGACAUAUUUAUAGACAGACUGAUUUAUAGAGCGUAGAAGAAAAGCUUUUUUUCUCUAAUAUUUUACUUUUUAGAACCGUUUUGAAGCGAUAAUUUAUUUAAAUUUAAACAGUUGCCCAAAUGAAAAUUCAUCACAAAAUGUGUUACUUCAAAGUGAUUGGCCAAUGGAAACAAAAGAAAAACGACAUUUGAGAAAAGAAGAAUAAAUGACUAGAAUAAAACGAUAAAA